AUGCUGGGCCCCCGCGGCGUGACGCGAGCACGGCGGCUCCGCCCCCUGCGUCUCUGGCCUCGCCGGCCUUGGGGGGAUGGUUCCAUCAUGGCGUCAAUGCAGAAACGACUGCAGAAAGAACUGUUGGCUUUGCAAAAUGACCCACCUCCUGGAAUGACUUUAAAUGAAAAGAGUGUGCAAAAUUCAAUUACACAGUGGAUCGUAGACAUGGAAGGUGCACCAGGUACCUUAUAUGAAGGGGAAAAAUUUCAGCUUCUAUUUAAGUUUAGUAGUCGAUAUCCUUUUGACUCUCCUCAGGUCAUGUUUACUGGUGAAAAUAUUCCCGUUCAUCCUCAUGUUUAUAGCAAUGGUCAUAUCUGUUUAUCCAUUCUAACAGAAGACUGGUCCCCAGCGCUCUCAGUCCAGUCAGUUUGUCUUAGCAUUAUUAGCAUGCUUUCCAGCUGCAAAGAAAAGAGACGACCACCAGAUAAUUCUUUUUAUGUUCGAACAUGUAACAAGAAUCCAAAGAAAACAAAAUGGUGGUAUCAUGAUGAUACUUGUUGAUGCCACUGUUAUCAUCCUCCUAGCAGAAGAUAGUCCUACUGAGAAAAUGAGCACUUUGAUCAUUCAGUCUUUGAACUUUAACCUUUGACUGGAAGUGACCUAUAGGCAAUGAAGACUACUUCCUUUUACUGCAUUUUUACUCGUGUGCAUUCUGGGCGCAUGUUGAUCGCUGGUUCAGUCCAGGCAACUGACAUGCUUUUAUUAGUCAUACAGUAUUAAUGCAGGUGUCAGGAAAUGUCAAUAUAAUUCCAUUUUUUAUUUUUAUUUUUUUAAGCUUUUGGAAAAGUUCCAGGUCCUCAUGUAUUGUGCAAUAACAAUGACUUCCUUGGCGGUUUUGGGACGUUCAUUGCCGGCAAUGGACGUUUAACAGGAAAAUUUUUCAUUAACUCCUGCCACCCAAUAAUUAAUGCAUGAUAGGGCCUAUGAAAUGAGCUUAUUGGUUAUAGUGGGAUUAUAAAUAAAGUGAGGGAUCCAACAUUACUUUGAAAGUCACCCCAACUGUUUAUAUUUGGAUUCUAUGCACUGUGAUCCUGAGGUUAACAGCAUGAAUUAACAUGCGUCUUUAAAGGACUAUAAUGAAAGAUCAUUGAGUAUUUAUUGAAUUGUUUAUAUCUGCUGUCAAAUUGUUUUGACAUGUAAGGUUUUCACGUAACAUUGGCAGAGAGGUACAAUAUUGUUAUCCCUAUGGUGAAAAUAAAUUCAUUUGUUGUAUAUAGUUCCUCAAUCUCUGAAGUAAAGGUAUGAAUAAUCUAGGGUAUGAAUGGUUGAAUCAAGGCUUGAUUUUGGAAGUAAGAACAAUGGCAGUGAUGAUGCAAUUGCUGCAGUCCUUCACUGGGGCUUGUUUGUACAGUAACGAUUUUUCCAAGUAGAUUACACUCUGUUACUUCCUGCUAGCCAUCAGCAUGAGCCCUACUGCCUAAACACUAUUUCUUUUAUUUAUGUUUGGAAAAUCCAUAAACGAUUUUCAUUUGCAAUUUUGUUUCUUUUGUUAUGUUUUAAGUCAAGUUUGAAUGUUAUAGUACUUCAAUUGAAAAGCUUUUGUCAAGUUUUUUCUUGUAAAUUUUCUUUACUUGUAAGUAUCAUUUUGUCCUUUAAUCCUGUACCCUAAAAUAAGAAAUACAUUUUUGACAGAGGCUUAAUGUUUUAACAAAAGAGUGUGGACAUUUUUAUUUUAAAAUUUAGGCAAAGUACACUAUAGAAUGGUAUGUUUGCUUAUUUGUCUCACACAACCGUGCAGUUUUUCCUGGAGGGAUUUGUUUUGUUUUCUUGUUGUUUAAAAGACUUUGCUUACAGCUAGAUAAAAUUUUUCUAUAGAAAAAAAUUGUUGAAACGUCCAAUUCUCAGUACCAUGUAAGUUAAUGAUACUGCAACUAGGUUCUCUUUUUAAAAAGCAAUUAUGUAUUUUAUAAAUUACCUUUUCACAUAUGCAAAAAUCUGUUUCUACUACAAUGUUAUUUUUACUAUUGCCUGUUGUUGCACUCUUUUUGACAUAUCCUGCAGUGAAUAAAUAUAUGGAUCAAUUUGGGCUUAAAAAUAAAAGCCAGUUGGCUGAAAGAUUUGAAGUAUAUACCCCAGCAAAACAUCCAAUCAAUAAUUGGCAAGGAAUAUUUUCAAAAAUUGUUUUUAAUCUCUGUAUAGAUGACAUUUUGUAGCUUUGUACAUGUUGUUAAUUAAGGGCAUAUAAUUUUACACUCUAAAAGUAUAAUUGCUGAACUCAGGGGUGGGUAGACUUCAAAAAUAUGUCUGCUGUAGAAUAACUUGAAAAAAAAUUAAAACUAUGGCCAGCCACCAAAUUGUGGACACUGUUUAUACUAUAGUUAGCAAAUACCACUUUUUUAAAAUUAAACACGUUUUGUUCUUUCUUGACUAGAUACAUAUAAGUUCUCACAGUAGUCUCUAUCAGUCUUAUCAGUUGGCCUGUUUAACCAAGACAGAAAAUGUUUUUUGGAAUGCUUUGAGCUACUCUUAGUUUUUAACUGCUUUUUAAUAUGAAAAUUGCAGCGGCAAAUUAUAUAUUUUUCAUAUUUUACACAACUGCUCUAAACUACUGAUUGACUUGAUCAUUUUCAGGGGUGAGGGUGGGGGGCGGGGGAUCUUUCUCUGUACUGCUGGUCCUCGUACUAAAAAUCUUUUAUAAAGCAAUGACCUGUGACAUUUAUUCACCAAAGGAAUUAAUAUACCAGGUCAAAGAUUAACAAUGCUGUCCUAUAGAUUAAUAGGUCACAUAUAGCCUCAAUUGAAUUUUUAAAAAUAAAAAUAGCAGUAUUUUAACAUACCUCUUUCUCUACAUAGAGAUACCAUAAAAUAAAACGAAGUAAAGGAAAGUAAAGGAAACCAAAUAAUAUCAGUACAUUUUAUCGUUUAAAAGAAGAUAAGAUGAAAUAUCCUAAAAUAUAGAAAUAUCAACCACUCAAAAUUUGCAAUAAGGUAACACCUUAUUCAUUACAUUACUCCCUUGAAUUUAGGAAUUAUUGGAAACUCCUUUGCACUUAGAUUUAAUUAAGUUAAUUUUAAAUGUAAGUUACAUUAUUAAAAGACAUAGGACGUUUACCUAAGUCAUUGCUCUAGAGAGGGCAUUUAAUGGCUUUGUAAUAAUAAAAAGAAUAUUUCUCUGUAGUGUGUUGUUGAAGGACAACCAGAAUACCAAGAAAAUGUACAUAGGAUUAUGCUACUUCCCUCUUCCCUAGCUCUAUGGGGCACUAUCUGUUGCAUAGGCCUACAGAAUUAUACUUUCAUAUUUAGACAAUAUGUACUCUAUUUAUUUAUUUAUUUAUUUAUUUUGAGGCCAUUCUUCUGGUUUGCCAAAUUCUGUUAAGACAAUGAUACAUUCAUUUCCUUAUUUUGCAUGCUUCGAUCAUGAACUUGGUGCCCUUUCAAAAAAUUAUAUUAUGUCAAAUAGGUAUUAAUGCCAUCGAUUUUAAAGAGCGAAAUGGUUUUCAGUUUUUUUAAGAUAAAUUUUUUAAAAUAAAUUUUAUGGCUGUUCUCUUAAGGAAUUUAAUAUUCAUCUCUAAAGGACUUACUUGUGGAUGAAUUCCUGCUUUUAGCUAGCAGGGAAAUAAAGCUUUUUUUAAUCCCCAAAAGAAAAUGCUAAAAAAUAGCUUUUAUAUACAGUUCAUCUGGAGAAAGAUCUUAAUCCUUAUUGUUUUGACUACGUAUAUGAAUAUUUGGCAUAAAGUAACUAGGAUAGUUUAUUAGUUUUUCCCUUCUGAAAUUUUAAAUAUAUGCAAAUGUAUAUCAUUAGAUUCCUGUGGUGAAUAAUAAUUUCUUCAGAUUCCAAAACAGGUAUCUAGUGACUGCUUAAUUAUUUCCAGAUCGCCUCAAAGAUGAAUUGACAAAUAAUGGAAAUGAGUAGUGAUAUGAAAAUGGUAUGUAACCACAUAUUACUUGUUUCUGGUAAUCAAGUCUUAUUUUUUAAAAAGCCUAUUGUUUUUGAGAAUUGAGAUAUUUAAAACUUGUUAAAGCUUCUUCCUAAAAAUAGAAGAGAAGAGGAGGUACUGUGUGUUCAAAAUUUUUUUAAAUAAAGAAUUCAGUGUCACUAGUUCUAAGCCUUUAUGGUUACUGCUGCUUAUAUUUCUCGAUCUCACUUUUAUUUAGUUUUUUGUAUAUAUUUUAGCUGAAUGGUUAGGAUUUAUUAAGUGUAUAUAAAUUGUUUUUCAAAAAGAACUGAGGCUUAUCCAUAUCUUUUCUGAGGAUUCUCUGUGACCAAAAUCAGCUACUGCACGAUUCUGUGUUAUGCUAAUUCCUUUGCAUGAUUAAGAUCUCUGAAGGUGUCUCUUAAUCUGCACCCUUUGGCCCUAAUCCUCUUUGCAGUCUGUCUGUUCUAUUAUUUUCCUUUCUUCCUGCCUAGCAUAUAGAUGUCCAAUAUGUCUGUCUUCAGUUUUCCUAAGCUUUCCUCUCUCCUUUUCCUGCCUUCCUCCCUUUUCGUCCCCUUUCCUUUUCUUGAGGUUAGGGAAUCCAGAGAAGGAAGAUUAUUGAAAUUUUUCUUAAAGAAAAAGACUCCUUCCUACAAAUAAAAUACAUAGAAUUUCUGAAACCUUAUUUUGGUUCAUCAGGAGGUGGCUAAAUUUCUUGAAUAAUUGACUACUUGGUAAGUGAGCUCUUAACCAAGUUGUUCUUAAAAAUGACAUAUAUUAUCGAGGGAGUUUUGUUUUACUUUUUGGAUGUUGAAUCUCCCAAAGCCUAAUUAUUGCCCAAAUGAAUUAAAUUACUUGUUUUGGUAAAGUGUUUUUCCAUUUAAGUUUCUAAGCCAUUUUUGAGAUUUGAUUUAAAAAAUUAUAAUAAUUAGUGAGAGACUUGUUUUCUCAGUAUAAACUGUGCAUUAAAGACAGGCUUGCAUGCAUCAUUAUCAUUAGAGGCCCGUGGAGUCCAAACAUGUACUUCAAACUUAGAUCUUUAUCCUUCAAGUUGAUGUUCUGCUUCUGACUAUGGUCCUGAUAAUUGAGGUGUUAAUUGUGAUUUUAAUUCUCAGAUGUUAUUGGGAUUUACAUUUAUGGAUGAAUCUCUGGAAUAGUUACAUGAAUGUCUUUUUUUAUGAAAAUGUUUUUAUAAAACAAUAUAAUAUCUGAAGACAUUAUGAAUAUAUGAAAGAAAUGCCUGAAUAGAAGUUGGUAUAUUUUAACAUGCCUAAAGAACUGCAGUUGUGUAAAUUGAGUGCAGUUGACAGGGAAAAAGAGAAACAAUUCCUUGAUGCAUACAUUGUCCGGGUUUUGUGAAAAGUUUGCUUCUGCAGUAAUUCUGAGCUGCUUUCUCAGUGGCAAAUCAUGGUUCUGGGCUUUGGCUUGUUAGGUGUGACAUCGCUUGUCAAAUUUAGAGCUAAAUGGAAAGAUUGAAUAAUCCCACCUCUCUAAUUUUAUUUUUUUUUAAUUUUUUAUUUUAUUUAUUUAUGAUAGGCACACAGUGAGAGAGAGAGAGAGAGAGAGGCAGAGACAUAGGCAGAGGGAGAAGCAGGCUCCAUGCACCGGGAGCCUGAUGUGGGAUUCGAUCCCGGGUCUCCAGGAUCGCGCCCUGGGCCAAAGGCAGGCGCUAAACCGCUGCGCCACCCAGGGAUCCCCCACCUCUCUAAUUUUAAAGCCUGAAACAAGUCGAGUAAGGAAUGUGGUAGAUUGUCAGAUACCAUGAAAAUAAGUGGAAGUCUCAUCAUAGUUAACCACAGAUGAUUUACAUAAAUGCAAAUUGAUUGGCAGGCUGGGGUAAAAUAAUUAUUCAAGAAGAUUAUUGUAUCAGUUAUCUAGUAUUAAGAAUUAAGUCCUUGUGCAAGUUAAAAUGAGUUUGUUGUUUUUAGUUGGUACCAUUUUUCUCUCAAUAUUCAGAAAUACAAAUUGUGCAUUUUAUUAAUAGGAAUGGAAGCUCAUGCUUGAGGAUUUGAAUAGGGUGGAUGUAUAUAUAUUUUAUAAAUUCAAGUUGUACCAUAUGUAAAGCUACUGCUUUUUGAAUAGAAUAUAAAUGUUAAGACAAAUCUAUAUAUUAUAUAUUUUUAAAUACAUGUAUCAAACUUUUGUUAGUUGAAUAUAAAUUACAUUGUGUGCUUUAUGGAAUUCAGUAACUUUUAAUAAAGCGGUUGUCAUUGAUUUAUUUUAUGUAGACUUGAAUAUUAAAUUGGAUAGAUAUUAAAUCUCUUUGUAGUUUAUAAUGUAAAAUUUACUUUGUACUAGUUUCUCUUUACAGAGGAUUGUGAUCUUCAAAGGAUUGUCGAAAGAGUAAAAUAUCCAACUCCAAAAAUAAUUGCAAUAGAAUGAAGAUAGUCACUAAAGUGCUUUUAUUUAUUUAACUGAUCAUGUUUACUUAGUGUAGCCCAGUGUAUUUUAGUGAUUCUUCAUGCUUUAAUUAAAGAAGUCCUGAUUAAAAGACUGGUGUUUUCAGAAAAGGUGGAAAUUGAGACCCAGGCACUGCUUAGAGUUACCAUGAGUCUGGUGUUGCUGAACUUUAAGUUGUAUGAUAAAUGCAGAUCUACUGUAGAGAACUUUGGGAUGCUUUCCUGAAUAUACACACAGAUCAAUCAACUUACACGUAGUGGAGUGACUCCUGAGGCUAUAAGAAGAGAAAAGGAGAUAAGCAUCUCUGUUAUUCAUAGCAGGAAGAAACUUAAUAUGCUCAGCUGAUAUUCUAAGUUUUCUAUUCAUUGGAGAUCUGCUUGCCCCAGGAGCAUCUUACUCUUCUUUGGGAGACCUGUACUUCCAUUUCUCAACUUGCUGUUUCUGCAACCCUCAACAAUAGCUGGUUAGAUAAAUGCAAGAUCCAUCUUCCUUUGUACUUCAGUGACACUCUCUUCCUUUAUUAUAAUCCCUAAAAUAAUUUCUACCUCUUGUAGAAGAUUUAAGCCACUGUGGAUAAGUGAUUCUGUUGAAGUCCCUAUAUUCCUUAGUACCUUUCACACUAACAUACAGCAAAAUUAAAGAUGAACUGAAUGAUGCAACUAAGGGUUUUCUGUGCUAGGAUAAUAUGGGCCAAGGCCACAGUGGUUCCAUACCUAUGCUGUUGGGAACUCCUAUCAAUAAAUCUUUUAAAUUGCUUAUGAGAUUUCUUUUUAAUGUUUGCUUAAGGCAAAAUAUGUAAGUGGAAGUACCCAUCUGCUCUUUCUAGUUCAGUGGAUUUGAAAAUGUUCUAAUAAGGAAAGUUGAAAUAAACUAAGGUAGAAGAUGUCUUCUCAUAUAGGUACUUGGCCUUCAAGGACCUAUUGUGGGUAGAUAAAACUCAGGCAAGAACCUAAUGAGGAUGGCUCUGUCCUGCAGAAAAGGUAUCUAACAACAUUAAAAAUUUUUAUGUCCCCUCUCACAUCCCCAAGAACAUACUUCUCUUUUCUUUACUCUCACAAUGGUGUUUCUAUAUCCAACCUAGUUAUCCAAAUGAAGAAUUACCACUAUUUCCUAGUCCCCUCUGACAUUUUUUGUCAUUAAGCUCUAUUGAACCUAUCUUUAAAAAAAAUACCUGAAAUCUCUUCCUUUCCUCCAGUCCCCUUGCCUGAUCCUGAUGUUCCCAGGCUGUUCAUAAGCCAUCCACACUUUGUUCUGUGAAUAGUAGCAAAAUAAGACUGCUUGUGCUUUGCUCAUGUUCUUCCAUAUUCCUAGAAUGUUCAUCAUCUGCUUUCCUACCUGAAAAGUCCAGUUCAGAUGUAGUAGUUACAAGGUUAUCUUUGUCCUUCCCUUCCCACCCCUUUACCAGUUUUCUAUCCUGGAUUCUUUAACGGAAGGACAAUGUCUCAAUGGUGUUUGUGUCCCCAGCAUGUAGCACACAGUACCUAUCCUAUAAGCUUUUA